UACGUACUUUACAGGGAUCGAGUAGUGUGUUCUUGUCAUUUUAUGUAAUACAUGUAGAAACAUAUAAUAUUUGUAAAGGAUUUAUUAGAUUUUAAUUCAAAGGAAAAUGGCAGUCUCCGGUCGAGCAACAUCCGUGUAUAUCUUUGCCAUCACAUCUAUGGCUACUGUAGUUAUAAUUCUGGUUCAUUUAUUCUUAUCCGUGCACAAGGUCUCUUUUGAUCUCUUGUACAUUUGGGAAGCAGUGAUUUUAUUCUCAGCAAUUCUAGGACUUGUAUAUCUUACAUGCACAAGAGGAAGGCUGUUUCAUCUUGAUGCUGUACAGCAGAAUGAACGUACGGUAUGCGACAAGGUAGAAAUAUCCCGCUGUAUAAUUAUUAUCGUGUGCGCAGCCGGAAGUGGAAUUUUGCCGUUUUAUCAGGUAUAUCGUGAUGUUCAGUGCAUGGUGUCUACUCCGACAACGCUUUAUGUAUCAAAAUUCUUUUCAUUGGUGUUGUUAGGUGUCUUCUUUUUUCUUGAAUUCAUCUUUCUUAUACCGUUAAAGAACUACAGAUCCAAAAGUUGUUUUGCCCGAAUUCUUGUAUCAAUUGUUAUGUCAGCUAAUGCAUGUAUGCUGGUAAAUUUCAUACUAAAUAUAAUACGGACUUCAAAUACGUAUGUCGAACCAGAGGACGAUACAAACAUGGACCUGAUUAGGAACUGGGUAUUUUCACGCUGCGAAAACAAAACGGAGUUGCUUGACAACGUCACUUCCGUUGCUGAGCAUAUGUUCAAAUACACAAAUCCGUUCUUACUAGAGCUUAGUUUUCUGGCGUUCGGUAUUCUUGUUCCUCUGUGGAAUAUUCCAGACCAGGUUAAUGUCGACAGAAUUAUUAACCGAACUGAGAGCAAUGAUUUUGCACCAGAGGGAGAAAAUACAGAUGAUAACGAUGCCGACGUCACCGAAGAAGACGUAAACUUAAUCGGACAAAAUGAACAAUGUAGGUUGAAAAUUGUAAGAACACUGAAAAAGAUCUUAAUGUUUGUAUCUCGCUAUGCGUUGGUAUUCAGUUUAAUUAUUGUUCUAACAGUGUUUGGAUUUCAUAUCAAUUCUGAAGUUGCCAAAAUGAAAAGUGAACAUUCUGAUGUUGUUAUUGAAAGUCAUGGAUCAAAUCAAACCUUAACUUCUUUGGAGAAGGUCAACUAUUAUCUUCAGACUUUUUAUAACUACAUUGUGAGUAUUGUACCUUUUAUAGGUUAUUUUACUGCAAGAGACAUACACAUUCCUCGAGUGAAGCAAAGUCCAGAUACAAUUCUUCUAAUUGUUAGCGGUGGUGGACAUUUGCUUUUGGUACUGUUAGAGACGGCAGAUAGCAUUGCAGGGUUUGUAUCGCAAACUGACCAGAGCCAUCUUACUGAAGAAAUUUUCUUCUUUGUGAAAAUUUUAUUCCAUUACGUGGGUAUUUAUUAUCAAAUAACUUUAAUAAUUAAAGCUCGUUAUCUGCAUACUGCACGUGCAAGCCCUCGUUUACAAGUGAUCAAAGGAAUGAUGAUUUUCCUAUGUUUGUGUAAUACAGAACGCUGGCUAGUGGACAGUUUUUUGCCUCCAACGAAUUUAAGAUUUAUAAACGACAUACAAAAGGAAGACACAUUUGGUGUAAAAAACUGGUGGUUUAUAACGGAAAUUUUGUUCCCGAUCGUGACCUUCAACAGACUUAUUUCCGCUUUGUUAUGUUUUGAAGUGGUAGAAAAUAUGAGAAGAAAUGGCAUCUAAGAUCUGUAAUCGUCGUAAACGUAUUCAUAUAAGAUUUGGAGAUAAUUGUAUUUUUGAAAUUAAUUCCUGAAUUUAGGAAAAAUGGUAUCAGUUUAAUUUCUAAGAACGCCAGUGACCUAAAAUAACUACCAUAAGGCACAUCAAGCCCCCAACAAUCUUGUUUUUAUAAAAGCUUAUUUUAAAACUAAUUUUCUCGAAGGAAAAAUUGGGUUAUUACAUUGGGGGUAUGACGGCGAACGAGCAGGCAAUUUCUUCUGUGCACAAUUUCUACAUUUGUCAGGGGUUUUGACCAAGGUUUUUUUUACAGAAGCUUUUCAUCAAGUGCCCUGGCGCAUAUUGUAGGCGUUUUGCGGUUCAGACAUUAUUGGCUAAAUUACGACCCUUUCUUAAAAGAAAAAAAUCCAUCAGAGAACUUCACUUCUAUGCGCAACUUCUCCGUUAUUUUUCAAGAGAUUUUCACUAAACUUUUACAGAAGCAUCAUCGUCAAGAGCCUUCGCGUAUAUUGUUGUUGUUUUUGGCAGAAUUAUGACAUUUGUUGUUUUACAUAUUAUAUAAUAUAUAGAGAAUUACACUUCUGUGUACACCUUUUUCUUGAUUUAAGAACUACUAGCUAGAAAUGUUAUUCAUAUCUUUUUUAAAUAUCAUAUAAUAUUUCAUAUAAUAUCACUGUAAAUUGCACUGAAAUUCCAAAGAAAACUGACCAAUAUUUUGACAGAAUAUUUUGCUUUUGUCAGCAUAGAAUUUGGAGUUACGGUCAAAGAUGUGU